UCGUAAAUUAAUCAAAACGUUGGAAAGAAAACCAAAUUAUAUAGUAUUAAGUUGGGAAAAUUUAUUUGAUCGUGAUAAAAAACGUAAAUUACAAAUAUUAAAUUCCAUUAAAGAAUGGCGUUGUAUUUACUGGGGUGAAAAUGAUUGUUACAAAGUGGAUAAUUUAGCACCUUGUACUUGUUACAAUUUUCGUAUUAAAUCUGACGAUAUGAACGAUGAAAAUUGGAUUUAUUUUAAAGGUGCUACCGACGAAGGUCCUUUCUAUACCACAAUGCAUAUGACUCGAUACGUCAAAUUAGGAAAAUCGUCGGUUGUUAGAAAGAUCGCGAAUAUAAGGCCAUAUUUACUAGACACCGAAAAUAGGGAGAAUAAAACACCUUUAAUUCAAUCAAUCGAAUUUAACGAUAUACAAAUGAUAAAUUUAUUGAUAUCUUUGGGAGCUAACGUCAAUAAAUCAGUUAUUUAUAAUAAAAGAUCUCCUCUGAUGAUCGCUAUCGAAAAAGGACGACUCCAAAUAGCGAAAUUUUUAAUAGAUAAAGGAGCAGAUGUAUUUGCAAGAGAUAUAAACGAUUUGAAUUUACUUCAUGUAGCUGUGGAUACGAAUAAUUUGGAAAACGUUAAAUUUUGUUUUGAAUUGAUAAGAAACGUGAAUUUUAAAGACAACAAAGGGUGGACUCCUUUACUACGAGCAGCUAUUAUGGAAGUCUCCAAGGAUAUCAUCGACUUUCUAAUAGAAAAUGGGGCCGAUACAAGUGUUAGAGAUAAUAACGGAAUCGAUUUCGAGACACACUGUCUUUUAACUGGGACCGUCUUUAUGCAUAAACCCAGGAGGCUCUGUCCAAGUGCCCAAGGUUCUGGGGAGGCUCUUUAAGAAUAAAAUAAUAGUGAAAAAACAUGAUUAAUAUCAUUAAAAUCUAAAUUUUCGAAAACAUCAAGCUCAUUAUACCCGUAAAAAAUUGUUUUGAAACAUAUAUAUCUUUUUACCUGAAAUACUAAACGUUACUUGAUGAAGAUGCACAAAUUUGUUUCUUUAAGGGGGUGAUUUGGUCUAAAAAUUUGAAAAAAUCGAUUUUUUUUUUCAUAGAUACAGUAUAUUUUGUGACGACUAAAUGAAACGAGUUAUUCUACUGGAAUUGUUUCUUGAAUUCCAAAAGGGGUUUUACUCAACUUUUUUUGAAGUGAUUGACCUGAUGUUUCAAGUUCUACCCAUCAGAUUCCUUUGAUAUUUGGUGGAAAAUAGUUAUCUGCACUAUAUGUACAAGAUUUGUAUUAUAUACCAAUAAAAAUUAGUUUAUAG